CCGCUAGCGGUGGUGCGCGCGGUGGCGGCGGCGGUAGCGGCGACGGCGCGUGGCAGGUCCGGCGGGCGCGAGGCGGCGGCGGCGGCGGCGGCGGCGGCCCGAGCCCGGCCCAGCCUCGUCCCGCCCGGGGCCCGCCUGGCUGCGACCCCGACCCCGGCUGCGGUCCUGUCCUGCCCCGGCGCGCCGCGGCCUCGCCCGGCCCCCGCCCGGCGCCUCCCGAGGGAGCGGCGCUGCCGGCCAAGAGCGCAGGCCCGGCCAUGACCGACUUCAAAUUGGGCAUCGUGCGGCUCGGCCGGGUGGCCGGAAAGACCAAAUACACGCUGAUCGAUGAGCAGGACAUCCCGCUGGUGGAGAGCUACUCCUUUGAGCUUCCGUUCCUGCCACUGAGCUCGGCCUCCCUCACCACGCUUUAUCUCUGCGCCCCACACAUUCGCAGUCGUGACUUGUCAAGGGGUAUCUCCAUCUUACUGCACUGUGGGCUUUUUUUAAGGGCCCGAAUGGAAGUAGAUGCUGACGGAAAUGGCGCUAAGAUAUUUGCCUAUGCCUUUGACAAGAACCGAGGAAGGGGUUCUGGGAGACUCCUUCAUGAGCUGCUGUGGGAGCGGCACCGGGGGGGCGUGGCCCCGGGCUUCCAGGUGGUGCACCUCAACGCAGUGACUGUGGACAAUCGCCUGGACAACCUGCAGCUGGUGCCGUGGGGCUGGCGGCCCAAGGCUGAAGAGACCUCCAGCAAACAGAGGGAGCAAAGCUUGUACUGGCUUGCGAUUCAGCAGCUGCCUACAGACCCCAUAGAAGAACAGUUUCCUGUCCUAAACGUGACCCGGUACUACAACGCCAACGGGGACGUGGUGGAAGAGGAAGAGAAUUCCUGCACCUACUAUGAGUGCCACUACCCGCCCUGCACGGUUAUUGAGAAGCAGCUCCGGGAGUUCAACAUCUGCGGGCGCUGCCAGGUGGCCCGGUACUGUGGCUCUCAGUGUCAGCAGAAGGACUGGCCGGCCCACAAGAAACACUGUCGGGAGAGGAAGCGUCCCUUCCAGCAUGAGCUCGAGCCGGAGCGAUGACGGGUGGGGGAGCCGCACACAUUCAAAGCCCCCGGGCUCUACCCUGGGCACAGCAGAGACAAACUCGUGGUUGAACCUGGAGGUGCCGAAGAAGCCAGCUGCAGGCCCGGGACAGCCGCCAUGAGACUCCCAAUGUUACAGGCAGUCUGUGUGGGCACAGCGCCCCUCAGUGUUCAUCUCCAGCAGGGACAGGAGGAGGCUCCACCAGGACGGUUCUCAUUAUUUAUAUGUUAAUAUGUUUGUAAACUCAUGUACAGUUUUUUUUGGGGGGAGGCAAUGGGAAGGGUAGAAAUUACAAAUAGAAUCUUUUGCUGUAAUCCUUGAAUGGCAAAUGGUCAGGCCACGUGUCUAAAAACUGUCCUGUAGCUGCAGCUUCUUCCCUGGGCUGCGGGAGCCCCACGGAGCGCGGCCUGCAUGGGAGUUGUGUCCACAAAGGCAAAGUAAAGGGGUGGAAUCAUC